AGACUUGUUUACUUGAUGUUUGCACAGAAGAAAUCAAAGUUUAGUUAGCGGUGUGUUUUUAUUAUUAGAAAUUUGGUACUAGUAUUGGAAGUUUGGCGAAAGAAGUAAUAAACUAUUUUGUUUAUACUUAUUUUGGGUUCAAGAUGCCACAUCCUGGUGUUAAAAGAUACAAAGUCAAGAACUGUUCACAUUCAAUUUUUGAUAAUGACUAUCGGAUGACACAUAAUCGAAUUUAUCAUUUGGAUUAUAUCCGAAACCAUAAAGGGAUACCUUAUGAGAAGUAUGGCGCACCACGAAACCCUUUUGAAACCAAUUCGGCAAUAAAUUCCCAAUCGUGCAGCAAAAUAAGUUUGUCUAAAAUUAAUUUCAAUGCCCGAAAACUUUGCCCAAGCAACAUUACAAAUGAAGUGGAAAUGAAUAUCAAUGAAAAUCUGACAAAAAUCUCUGAAGCAAUUGAAAAUGAAUCAUCUGAAAUUGAAUGUGAGUUAAUAAAUGAGAGUAAAAACAUUGAUAUUACUAAUGAUGAAAUACUAGCAGUGCCUGAAAUUUUGGAUUUCUGUGAUCAAACUCUGUUAGUAGAAUCCCAACCGAUUGAUGUUAAUUUAUUGAAAAAAGAAACUACUUUUUCAGAUUCGGUGGGUAAAUUUGCAAAGCUGUGUAAACUUUUAAGUGAGUGCGAAUUAAAACUAGAUGAAGUGAAAAAUACAGACAAUUUACAUUUGGAAAAACUUCUCAUUGAAAUGACAGAGCUUGCUUCUGAGGUAAAAAUUUCAGAAGAGAAUGUUUUGGAUGCCAAUGACCAAGCUCUUGCAAGCAUUUUAAACAAAAGAAAAUAUGAUAAUAUUGAAACACUUACUACAAAAAAUUUCUUUCCUUCGCAUGAUCCUGGCCAGCGUUCGAAAAUUGAAAAUGAUAAUCUAAGAAACUAUCUAUUUGAGCUUGGACCACAUCAAGUAAAACUUAAUAACUUUCCUAUCAAUAAAGAUAUUGACAAAAAGAAGCAAAAUCGUUUUUCAUCAUUGUGGUACAAAGAAUACCCUCACUUAGAGUACAGCAUACUUAAAGAUAGCGCAUUCUGCUAUGUAUGCUGUCUCUUUCCAAAUGGACCAGGUAGAGAGAAUAGUGAUGUUGCUUGGGUUGAAAACGGUAUCCGCACGUGGCAUAAAAUGAAGAGUCGAGGAAAGAAAGGUAAAAGAGGAAAACAUUUUUUAUCAAAAUCUCAUAAAGCUUCAUUAUUAGACUAUUGCAAUUAUUGUAAUAGUGCUCAACAUAUUAAUCUCCUCUUGGACAAGAAACAAAGACAAAUUGUUAUUAGUGAAAAAGAAGAAAUGGAGUCUAAUAAGUGUGUUAUAAAAGUUCUUAUUGAUUUGGCUCGAACAUUGGGUAGGCAAGGAAUCGCGUUUCGUGGAGAUGAUCGGGAUGAAAAUGGAAAUUUUAGACAGUUGGUAUAUUUUAUGUCGAGACAUAAUUUGGUACUUAAACGAUGGUUGAGCAACAUAAAACUUAGAAAAUAUCAUUUGACAUAUAUGAGUGCUAAAUCCCAAAACGACUUUAUUCAUUUCCUUGGACAAGAUGUUCAAAGCAAAAUUGUUUCCGAAGUUAACCAAGCAUCGAUGUUUUCAAUUAUGGCAGAUACAACUCCUGAUGUGUCACACAGUGAUAAGUUAGCAAAUGCUGUAAGGUAUGUGGAUAAUAACUGUAAUAUUAAAGAAAGAAUUGUGCAGAUAUGCGAGGUAGCUGACAAAACGGGUGAUGGAAUUGCAGAUUUAAUAAAAUCGACAAUCAAUAACCUUCAACUUGAUGUCAAUAGUGUUGUGUUUCAAGGAUAUGAUUACGCCAGCUCUAUGUCCAGCAACAUUAAAGGAGUUCAUGCAAAAAUUUCAGAAAAGUUAAAACGAGUUGUACCUUAUAUUCCAUGUCAAGCUCAUCGAACUAAUACUUUUGUUGAACGCAUGUUAAAAGAAAUAAAAUGA